GGUAGCGAAAUUGAACAGGAAGGCAUUGGCUCUGAAGUUCUUUUCUCAGGAGACCAGCCAGAACCGCUCCAAAGCAUGAGCGGGAGUCCAGAGAAGUCCGAGGAAAUGAUGUGCCCGUGGCAGCUACUUUUCAAGUCCCAAAGCAGAAAGAACAGGUCCCAGGAAAGGAAGGAUAUAAACAAUGACAUGGAAAAGGCAACUGCAGAUCUUGCCAGCUCGGCAAAGCAGGAGAGUGCCUUGCCAUUAAAUGGCCUAAGCAAGACGCAGGAUGAACUGAUGCACGCUGUCCCUGCAAAAGAAAUUGAUCCUGCCCAAAAUGGCGCCCAGCAGAUUUCCCGAUGCCCAAGACAUCUACAGAUUAAAAACUGGGAACACGGAACAAGCCUUCAAGAUACGUUGCACAGUCAAGGAAAAGAAGUGCUCAACUGCAGGACCAAAGUGUGCCGAGGGUCUCUCAUGAAGCCGGAAGGUUUGGUCAAAGGUCCCCGAGAUGGACCCACCCCCAGAGAGGAGUUACUACCUCAAGCAAGAGAGUUCAUCAACCUGUACUACAGUUCCUUUAAAAAACCAAGAACAGAAGAGCAUCUGGCACGUCUGGAUGCAGUCCACAGGGAGAUAGAAACAACCAGAACCUACCACUUGACCAAGGAGGAGCUUGUCUUUGCGGCCAAGCAGGCCUGGAGAAACGCCCCACGAUGCAUCGGGAGAAUCCAGUGGUCCAAUUUACAGGUGUUCGAUGCCCGGAACUGUGCUACCGCCGAGGAGAUGUUUGAACACCUGUGUCAGCAUCUGAAGUAUUCUACCAAUGGAGGAAACAUCAGGUCUGCAAUCACUGUCUUUCCCCAGAGGACUGAUGGGAAACACAAUUUCCGUAUAUGGAACAGCCAACUCCUCCAAUACGCCGGAUAUCAAAUGCCAGAUGGGUCUGUGGUAGGGGAUCCAGCCAAUGUCGAAUUCACACAGUUAUGCAUCCAGCUUGGUUGGAAGCCCAAAUAUGGCCGCUUUGAUGUGGUGCCACUGGUCCUCCAAGCCAACGGCCAAGACCCGGAACUAUUUGAACUGCCGCCAGAUCUCGUCCUUGAAGUGCCGAUGGAGCAUCCCACCUAUGAGUGGUUUAAAGACCUGGACCUGAAGUGGUACACAGUUCCAGCGGUCUCUAACAUGCUGCUGGAGGCCGGAGGCUUAGAGUUCACUGCAUGCCCAUUCAACGGGUGGUACAUGGGUUCCGAGAUCGGGGUUCGAGACUUCUGCGACACACAACGCUACAAUGUUCUGGAGGAAGUGGGGAGGAGAAUGGGCCUAGAAACGAACAAGCUCUCUUCACUGUGGAAAGACAAGGCUGUGAUAGAGGUGAAUAUUGCCGUGCUGCAUAGCUUUCAGAAACAAAAUGUCACCAUCAUGGACCACCAUUCAGCCGCCGAAUCGUUCAUGAAGUACAUGCAGAACGAAUACCGGAUCCGAGGGGGGUGUCCGGCUGACUGGGUUUGGCUCGUGCCUCCCAUCUCUGGCAGCAUCACACCCAUCUUUCAUCAGGAGAUGUUGAGUUACGUCCUCUCUCCUUUCUACUAUUACCAGGUGGAUGCCUGGAAAACACACAUCUGGAAAGACGAGAGACGCAAGCCGAGGAAAAAAGAGAUAAAAUUUCGCGUCUGGGCCAAGGCUGUGCUUUUUGCAUCCUUGCUGAUGCGGAGGGCGAUGGCUCUCAGAACACAAGUCACCGUCCUCUAUGCAACCGAAACGGGGAAAUCCGAAACCCUGGCCCAGAAUCUGGGAUCUCUCUUCAACUGUGCUUUCAGUACCAAGGUGGUUUGUAUGGAAGAUUUUGAUCUAAUGGACCUAGAGAAGGAAAGUCUCCUCCUGGUGGUGACCAGCACUUUUGGGAAUGGUGACUCCCCAAGCAAUGGGAAAAAAUUUCAGAAUGCCCUGCUGACGAUGAAAAGCCUGAAUAACAAAUUCAGAUUCGCCGUCUUCGGCUUGGGUUCGAGCACGUAUCCAGAAUUCUGUGCCUUUGCCCACUUGGUUUACCAGAAGCUCAGUCAACUGGGGGCCUCUCCGGUUGUGCCGAUGGGCGAAGGGGAUGAACUCAACGGGCAGGAAGAGGCAUUCCGGCUCUGGGCAGUGAAUACAUUCAAGAUUGCCUGUGACCUUUUUGACGUCCGUGCAAAGCACCGGAUCCUCUUACCCAAGGCAUACACCUGCAGCGAGACCUGGGACCCCAAGGACUUCAGGGCAGUCUGUGACUCCCAGCCACUGGAUCUGCGAAAAGCUCUUGGCGACAUGCAUGGGAAACACGUCGUUCCAAUGACGCUCAAGGGCCGGGAGAAUCUGCAGAGCCCCAAAUCCAGCCGUGCUACCCUCUUAAUUAAGCUUUCCUAUGAGGCCAAUUGGGAAGUCCAGUAUCUCCCCGGAGACCAUCUUGGGAUCUUCCCUGGCAACCAGAAAACUCUCGUGGAUGGUCUCAUCACACGUGUUGUGGACGCUCCUCCACCGGAUGAGAUCAUCAGGCUGGAAAGGCGUAGUGACCGUGGCUUCUGGACCGCUGACAAGCGCUUCCCAGCCUGUACCUUCUCCCAAGCACUGAUGCACUUCCUGGAUCUCACCGCCCCGCCUUCUCAACGCUUGCUGCGGACGCUUUCCCAGCUGGCCCAGGAGGAAGGCGAAAGAGAGAGGCUGGACCUCUUAGGCCAUAACCUGGGAGAAUACAACCAAUGGAAGUUUCACCACAGCCCCACCAUCCUGGAAGUCCUGGAGGAGUUCCCCUCCAUCAAGAUCUCAGCCACUUUCUUGCUGUCUCAGCUGCCUUUGUUGAAACCUCGUUACUACUCCAUCAGUUCCUCGCAAGACUGGACACCUGGAGAACUUCACCUCACCGUGGCCGUGGUCUCCUACAGGACAAGAGAUGGAAAAGGUCCAGUGCACCAUGGAGUCUGCAGCAGCUGGUUGAACACCGUCUGCCUGGAAGAGACGAUUCCCUGUUUUGUGCGCAGUGCGGAUGGAUUCCGACUUCCCAAGGACCCAAGCAAACCCUGCUUCCUGAUUGGCCCGGGCACAGGACUCGCUCCCUUUAGAAGCUUCUGGCAGCAACGUCUCUACGACCUGGAAAAGAAAGGGAUCCAGGGCAGGGCCAUGACGCUGCUGUUUGGUUGCCGGCACCCCAGCCUGGAUCACCUCUACAAAGAAGAAAUGCAAGAAAUGAAGAGGAAGGGGGUCCUUCAGGAGGUCUACACGGCUUACUCCCGGGAGCCCAGCUGCCCCAAAGUCUACGUCCAGGACCUCCUUCGGAACGAGCUGGGAGCGGAAAUCCACAGGCUUUUGCAUGAAGAAGAUGGUCACUUGUUUGUCUGUGGAGAUGUCUGCAUGGCCAGGGAAGUGGCGAGGACCUUAAAGGAGAUGUUUGCCAGGCAGCUGGACGUGUCGGAAGAGGCAUCCCAGGCCUACUUCUUCCAGCUUAAGCAACAGAAGCGAUACCAUGAGGACAUCUUUGGGGCUGUAUUUCCACAUGAGAACCAAAGAGACUCAGAAGAACUGAAGACGGACACAGAACCUUCCAGCUUGGGACCACAACCCCAUCUCAGCUUUUAGCCAUCAUUUUGCCUCCGUGUUCUUCUCUUCCACCCAAGGGGAGGGUCAAGUUUUGCUGUCCCUCCGCAAGAAAACUGGCAUUGCCUUUACAGAUGGGAUGUGCAGGAUUUGGACUCCCAGCUCUUAGCUUUUUUAAACACUACAUUUUAUUUAAUUCUAUUUAUUCUUUAAUUUUUCUUUUAGUAUGUCACCAUCUUAAUUAUUAUUUUAAAAACUCUAUUAUUGGGCAAAGGUUGUGAUCAGACUUUCACCUGCAUUUAAAUGCUUAGAAAAGAAACUAAUGGUAAUCUAGAUUGGGUUUUUUAAAUCAGUAUCAGAAGAGGGGCUUUCAAAAGAUAUGUUUGCUAUGUAUAUAUCUAUAUUUAUUUGA